UUAGCAUGAUGUCGAUAAGUCCCACCGCAUUCAACGUUGUCAAUUGCAAUUGCCAUUUGUCUUGUCAGGUCCAUUCACAUUUUUUCUACCUUCGUCGCUGAUAGCGUCUUACCGGAAUUCAGGCGGUUCGGGAGAUAAGGAACCAUAUCGAGGUGGGAGCGCUUGGUACGACUGAUCAAUACGCACCAUGCGCUUGAUUGACGUACUAUUUUUCUUAAACUUUGAGGAGGGGAAACCACUGCGGAGAACCAAGCCGUUGGUGGAGUUCACUGGACCGUUGCUUGCAAACACGAAGUAUGCCAUAUUGUCCCACUGCUGGGGCCCACCUGAGGAGGAAGUGCAGUUCAUGGACGUCGAAGAGCUGCAGAACAUGGACACUGAAGAACUGCAGAACACAGAUAGAGACAUGUUGAAGUUGCGCAAACGCAAAGGCUACCAGAAAAUCCUCGGGAGUUGCAAACAAGCUCAUAGCAAUAACCUCCGAUGGGUUUGGGUGGAUACUUGCUGUAUUGACAAACGCAGCAGUUCGGAAUUAUCUGAAGCAAUCAAUUCGAUGUACCACUGGUAUGCCAAGUCCGAGCGGUGUUAUGCAUACCUCCACGACGUGCGUACUCUUGAAUUCCCCAAGAAACAAGAAGAGAGUUGGAUGGCGUUCGAUGGGUGGCCAAUGUGGUUCUCACGUGGGUGGACUCUACAAGAGCUUGUUGCGCCCGACGACGUUCACUUCUUCAACCAAGCGUGGGACCACAUCGGAACCAAGCGAACCCUUACGGGGGAGUUGUCAAGAAUCACAAAGAUCCCAGAUUGUAUCUUGACAGAUGGACUGUCGUCGUGGCGUCUUCGUCCGAGUGUUGCCCAGAUAAUGUCUUGGGCUGCAAAUCGCAGGACGACACGAAUAGAGGACCGAGCGUAUUCGUUGCUGGGUAUGCUUGGCGUGCAUAUGCCAAUGCUAUACGGGGAGGGGAAGCAUGCUUUCCGUCGCCUUCAAGAGGAAAUCAUCCGGAGGUUAAAUGACCAGACUAUCUUUGCGUGGGGUUGGUCGGUGAAAACUGGAUGGUCAAAAAACUUCCUAGCAGAUGAUCCUAGUUGCUUUUCGGACUGUGACAAGGUCAUCGCCAUGAAGCGCGAUGAGUUCGUCGGAAUCCUUUCGAAGGAAAUCCCUCAAGAGGAACUAAACAAGUUUCCACCCGAACAUCUCAGGACAUUUACCCUUAGCAAUGAUGGGAUUCAAAUAUGGCUGCCGAUUAUCCCCUGCCGCAAGUCUGCGUGGCUUUAUAAAGCCAGGUUGCCAUGUCGCCUUUUGGACAAUUCCUCACCGAUCAGUAUCACUCUGGGUUGUUUCGACUCCAACUACUUCAGAUACUUUGGCGACUUUGAUGCAGACUCAUUUGCGCAAGUCCAGUUUCAGCAAGUCUUUCUCCCUUACCAAGAGAAUGUGGAGAAGGAUGACUUCACAUUCCACUUGGAACUAAGGACACUCUCCUAUGCCGGUUUUGCGCAGCCGGCGCUCUUUCCUCCGCGUGUACGCCUGUCUGGUACCUCUAUUACGCUAUCGGGGGCCAGCGAUUGUGCUGUCCUUGUUUAUUGUCGCCCAGAUGGCAUUUACCUCACCGUGGUUCUUCGUCACUGUCUUGGUGAACAUUCGGUACAAGUCAUUUGCGAGGAGUCCGAAAGCGGCUGGUUAGAAAGUGCUCGGCGUGCUUAUCAGCGGGCAAAAGACGAAACGCUGGCUGAAGCAUUCCAAAUGUCUAAAUCGUGGUCAUCCGCCACUUCUCCGGAGCAUUCUCAAUUGCUCAAACGCGUCCACAUCCCUCUAUCUAUACAUGACGUCCGGUUGGUUUACUCUCGGGCACUACAACCGGGAAGCUGCACCGUGAUUGCUGAUGUUGUUGAUUGCGCCGGUUGCUGCAAGUCUGCUUGGGAGGUGUUGGACGGUAAAUUUGUUACUCUCUCCCAUAUCCCUGGCUUUAUGCGUGAUGCCGUCAGUUCUCACCGAUAUGAUCCGUGCGAGUUUCAUGUGAACUCCCAUUGCACAAGAUUUUUAUCUACUAAUGUUGAUUCGACGAUCGAACCAGGUGAAUACGGUCGCAUGAUGUGGAAUGGGCCCUUUGAACGAGAAGGAAACAUCUUCGACCUUGCCGCCACGCUAGGACUAAAUAUGCCUCAUCGUUGUGUGGAACUUGGGAGUGGAGAUAAAGGCGCAUAUCCUCAGGACGACUUCGUGGAACUGACUGGCCGGACAGGGGACCGUGUCAGAACUCUGGCCCUUCGCAACGCCACUGUUUGGUCACUGCCAAGUACCGAAGAUAUCUAUUCCCUCAUCGCAGCCUUUUCUGUUCAUCUGUCAGGCCGACGCCUAGUGACAACGGUUAUACGGUGUUCGGAGAGUUACUAUAGAGAAGGCUGGCUUGAACUCACAUGGUCAGUUCGCACCAAUAAUCAGGUUCUCGGCAAUACCAAUUGGGAAAAACACCAUACCCCCAGCCGUCUCUACACGUUGAUGACGCCCUUAGCUUGGCACCGAGAAAAUGCGCAUGAGAACACAAGGAGUCAAUUCGAAAGCAUCAAUCUACACGUUAACAAACUAUUAACGCCGGAUGGGAACAAAGAAGAAAGGGAAGCAGCCGUUAGGUUCUUCGCAGAUAUAUUCGGGGGGAAGUCUUUGGAAAACUUGGUUGGUGACAUAUCUUUCUUCUCAGAGCUGGCAUCCCUUGUCGCAGCCUCGAAAGCCGACAAGUCUACACACGAUAACAGCGGGCGGAGCGUGGAGGGCGUAAAUGAGCCCACUCGUUCUUAUCCAAUUUUACGACGCCCUUUAUUAGGCCGCCGAACAGGUUUCCCUUUACAACGACGCACACAAGUUAGCACAGCCAACCGACGUUUGCCCGUGACGAGGGGAGAGGUUGACAGGCGUUCGGGAUUCACGCAUCCAGGUAAUCAAAGGGACCUUGGUCCAGGAUUCAACUCGUGCAGCUGUCAAGGGGGCGACUAACCUUGCGUCAACGCGAGGGACAGCCAUACGGCAAACAAGCGAGGAGCUGAGAUCGAAGGGCUUCGGUCCGCAGUUACUUCGUCUCAUUGGAACCAUUUAUAUGAAGUCAGAGGAUAUUCUCA